AAACAAAUACACCAAGAUGCAGGUUGGUGAGCCACCUAGUGGAGAGGUCAGCGAUGAGGACACCUUGCGGAAACUGUUCGCAUCGCAACCUGAAGAUGCCAUCAAGCAACAAACAUUGGAGAGAAAAAUAUCCUGGAAGGCCGUAAAAGAUAUUAGUAUCGCUGCGUCGUAUGGAGUUCUGUUCGCGUUUAUCGCUGUCCUGACGCGUCAGCUGACAGACGGAGGCGUCACGGCGUUUCAGGUUGUCGUCAUACAAGAGGGUUGCGCGCUUCUUAUGACGCUGGGGCUCGUGUUGUGGUCUAGGACAGACCUGAGACCGGCGAAUUGGCGAAUUUUUGGACAGUUGGUACUUUUAGGUGUCGGCAAGUAUUUCGCGUUUGGAAGUCUGGUUCUUGCCAUCACAUGUCUGCCGCCAGCGAACGUGGCAGCAGUCAACAAGUCCACAUUGCCGCUUUUCGUCGCCUUAGGAGCAUAUAUCUUUCUUCGGCAUAGACCGAGUUUUGCGGCGUGUAUCGGGGGAAUACUCUGCACUGCUGGAAUCGUUCUCGUUGCCGCCGGCUCCUGGAAAAACAUCGGCACAUCACGUGGUAACAGCGCACCAAUCACCGGAUACAUCGGCACAUCACGUGGUAACAGCGCACCAAUCACCGGAUACAUCGGCACAUCACGUGACAACAGAGCACCAAUCACCGUAACCAUCAACACAUCACGUGGCAACAGCGCCCAAAUCACCAGAAACAUCGACACAUCACGUGACAACAGAGCACCAAUCAUUGGCGUCUCCCUGGCCAUACUCUCAGCUUUGAUCGAAAGUCUGUUGAAUGUUCAACUUAGAUAUUUACUCGUACACUGUAUGGAACCGGUUGUGCUAUUUUAUACCUAUGCUGUCGCUUUUAUAAUAGGGAUACUACCGAUGUUGACUACCCACACAAAAUGGGACCUGGAUGUAUAUUUAACAAUCAUCCUGGUACUCUGUGGUGGUUUUUAUGCGGUGUCGGCAUUUAUCUAUGUGAAAGCAGCAAAAGCUGUGCCGCCCGUUACACAAAUGGUGUUGUGUCAACUAGAAGUGGGGGUAACGUUUUUGCUGCAGUUUACAUUUCUCGGUUUCGUUCCCAAUGUGUUUGAGAGUAUUGGUGCUGCGAUCAUCGCGGUCGGAAGCCUCUUGGACUCUGCAAACAUUGUCAUAGAAGAUUCCCGGAAACGGAAGAGGCUAAAUUUCAGGAAACAGCUAGGCUUUGACAUCGUUGGCGAUGAUAAUGAGGGUGAGAAUAUAGAAGGAAAGACAGACGAAAAGGAAAAAUUUAAGGGGGGUGAAUGAGAGAGACAAUGGUAGAAUGAGAGGGUAGAGAGAGUAUUUGGGAAAGAGAGAAAGUGGAGAUUAAUCAUAAGAAACCCUUUUGCUACCAUAUUUGAUUUGAAGGCAAGUAUCGAGAAAGAUCUAUUUUUAGAACUUUAAGUUCUAAAAAAAAUCGUCUUUUCGUGUGUUACUUCGCAAUAUCGAAUGAAGAAUGGGAACAAAAAUAAGCGCCAUUGUCAUUACGAUUAAUGUUUUAUUUUGCAAAAUCAUGCCAGAGGGAUAAUUGCAUGUACAGUCUCAAAGGCUAAGACUAUAGAAAGCAGUGUGGUACAUUCACUAAUUUAAUAAUUGCAUUGAUGAAUAAUUGCAAAAAAUAGCGUUACAAAGAGAAUGAUAAAUGAAUACUGAAAAGAAAAUACUAAAAGAAAUACAGACAGGAUUAUUCCUGUAUUGAAACAGUUUCUUUUGUAUGAACACUGUAUGGUCUUUGUAUGUAAUGUGGGUUUCAUAAUCAUGAUUAACAAGCGCAAGCGUGUAGUAUUGAAAUCACAUAUUGAUACAUUGAAAAUUACAAAAUCAUCAAUACAGGCGAUCACCUAAAUGUGAAAGAAUACCCAUUAUUUGUAAUUGUCUAUGUGAAGAUACGUAUGACGUAAAACUCUGAUAACUACAUAUCGUAGUUACAUAGUUUUUCACAUCACUCUUCCAGAUUUUCAAAUCUUCUCUUAACUUGAUUUAAGA